AUGUUCUCCGCCCUCCGCGCGCUCGCCCGCAUACCGCGGCCAUGGGCUAUCUCAACACCAUCACUCAUGGCGCGCACCCUUCUUCCCAGGCCUGCCACUGCCUCUCCGUUCUCCGCGCUCCUGCGUAACUUUCACGCCUCGCCGCCGGCCCUUGUCACGCUGAACCAGUCCACGCGGCGGAAGCAUAAGAAGAAGAGGGCGAUGCCCAAGUCGCCGCUGCUCGACAACUGUCCGCAGAAGAAGGGUGUCGUCAGCCAUGUCUUCAUUAUGAAGCCCAAGAAGCCCAACUCGGCCAAGCGUAAAGUCGCGCGAGUCAAACUUAGCAAUGGAAAUUCUAUCCAUGCGUACAUCCCUGGUGAAGGACAUAACUUGCAGGAGCACAGUGUCGUCAUGGUUCGAGGUGGUCGUGCACAGGAUUUACCUGGUGUUCGGUACAAAGUCUUACGUGGUGUGCUUGACUGUGGUCCAGUCGUCAAUCGUCUCACCUCUCGCAGUCGAUACGGAGCCAAGAAGCCAAAGCAGUAGACUGUUUUUCUUCUUCCGGACAUAAUGCCCUUCACUCGGCUGUACAGUCCAAAGAGUAUCCC